GAAGCCCAGUGAAAGUACUGCUGGUACGAUGGGGCUCCUCUCUGUGAGUGUCGGUCCGUUUCGGAGCCGGGUCCGGGCGGUUCGGACCUGGAGCCGAGACUUAUCCACUAUCUCAGCUACUCUACGCAACGGCGGCGCAUUGGUGUCGAAAGCGUCACUGAUCCAAAGGAGAUGUGGAGGAAUAUAUCAACACAGUUUGCCACUCGCUCGGCUACUAAGCUCAAACAAACCACCAAGAGGUUUUGAAAAGUUUUUCCCAAAGAGUGAAGAAAGCGCUGGCGUGAACAAAUCAGCUGAAGAUGAAAAUACCAAAGAGCAAGAAUCUAUUGUAAGGGAAGAGCGGGACGCAGAUGAUGAUGAGGACGAAAGACAAAGAGGAGGAAAAAAAGAAGAAUCGCACUGGUGGACGCGUUUUCAGGAUGGGUUUCCUUUGGAUGAAAAAGCAGUUAAGUACUUUGCCAUCGGUGCAGCAGGCAUGACCUCAGCGUUUUUGUACUUUUACUUUCGAGAGACGGGGAUGCAGAUCUCCUGGAAGGACUUUGUGCAUCAUUACUUGAACAGAGGCUUGGUGGAUCACCUGGAGGUUGUCAAUAAACAGUAUGUCAAAGUAAUUCCUGCCAAUGGAGUGAGGACAUCAGAAGUGAGCUAUUUGUGGUUCAACAUUGGCAGCGUUGAAUCAUUUGAGCAUAACCUGGAAAUGGCCCAGCAAGAAUUGGGUUUGGACUCAGAGAAAGUACCGGUGUUCUACAGCAGUGAAAGUGACGGGACACUGCUUUACAGUUAUCUGCCCACUUUACUCCUGUUCGGGGUUUUACUUUUUGCCAUACGGCAGGCACCAAUGGCAGGAGGUCGUGGGGGUAGAGGGCAAAGAAACCCCUUCAGUAUGAGUGAAUCCAAAGCCAAGGUUAUAAAAGACACCAUCGGCAUUCGCUUCAAAGAUGUUGCUGGCUGUGAGGAGGCCAAAAUGGAGAUUUUGGAGUUAGUCAACUUCUUGAAGAACCCGAAGCAGUACCAGGACCUAGGAGCCAAGAUCCCAAAGGGUGCGGUGUUAUCGGGCCCACCUGGUACUGGAAAGACCUUGUUAGCAAUGGCCACAGCAGGAGAGGCCAACGUCCCCUUCAUCACCGUCAACGGCUCAGAGUUCCAGGAAAUGUUUGUUGGCGUGGGCCCAGCGAGGAUAAGGGAUACGUUUGCCAAAGCUCGAAAAAAUGCCCCUUGCAUCGUUUUCAUUGACGAGAUCGACGCAGUUGGCAGAAAGAGAGGCAAUGGAAGCUUUGGCAACCAGAGCGAACAGGAAAACACCCUCAACCAGCUGCUUGUCGAAAUGGACGGAUUCAACAGUAGCACUAACGUGGUCAUUUUAGCGGGCACCAAUCGAGUUGAUAUCCUGGAUCCAGCUUUGAUGAGGCCAGGACGCUUUGAUCGACAUAUAUACAUAGGUUUACCAGAUAUUAAAGGCAGGUCAUCCAUCUUUAAGGUGCAUUUAAGACCUCUGAAGUUGGACAUUAGUAUAGAAGUAGAGGCUUUGGCCAGGAAGCUAGCUGCACUAACCCCAGGUUUCACUGGGGCUGAUAUUGCUAAUGUGUGUAAUGAGGCUGCAUUAAUAGCUGCACGGCACCUGAACCAACACGUCAACACAACGCACUUUGAACAGGCAGUCGAGAGAGUUAUUGGAGGUCUGGAGAAAAAGACUCAGGUACUGCAGCUUCCAGAGAAAACUACUGUGGCGUAUCAUGAGGCCGGACACGCUGUAACAGGCUGGUUCCUGGAACAUGCAGACCCCCUUCUUAAGGUGUCCAUUGUUCCCAGAGGGAAAGGUUUGGGUUAUGCACAGUAUCUGCCAAAGGAACAGUACCUGUUCAGCCAGGAGCAGCUGUUCGACAGAAUGUGCAUGAUGCUGGGGGGUCGAGUGGCUGAGCAGGUUUUCUUUCGCCGAAUCACCACCGGGGCGCAGGAUGACCUUAGGAAAGUCACGCAGUCUGCGUAUGAACAGGUUGUACAGUUUGGAAUGAAUGAGGCGGUGGGUCAGGUGUCCUUUGACCUGCCUCAGCAGGGUGAAGUAGUAACUGAGAAGCCCUUCAGUGAACCUACAGCUGAGCUUAUAGACCAGGAAGUUCGCCUGCUUAUUGAUUCUGCCUUCCAGCGGACACUUCAGCUUGUAACUGACAAGAAAGAAAUGGUGGAGAAGGUGGCAAAACGUCUUCUGGAAAAGGAGAUUCUACAUAAAGCCGACAUGGUGGAGCUGCUAGGAACUCGUCCUUUUCAGGAGAAGUCAUCGUAUGAAGAGUUUGUUGAAGGGCUGGGGGAGUUUGAGGAGGACACCUCUCUACCAGAAGGGCUGAAGAACUGGAACAAGAACAAAGGGGAGGAAAAUCCCCCACAGAAUGGACAAAACAAAUCAGCCCUUUACCUGUAGGUUGAUGGCAGCCUCAAGGCAAAUAUUCCACUGGAUUCAGUUGUAUAUGGUUCAGCACCAUCUGGUCCAGAAUCUCAGGGCUCUGAAAUAAAUCCCUUGUUCAUCUCACGGACAGCUGCAAAGAGAGGGAUGAUGAUGUGUUGCACAGGUCCUAAAUGGCCUAGAUAAUGCAGUUUUUUUUUUCAAGUUGUAGAUUGUAUACUCUUGGGGGAAUGACUGUUGGAUCAGUUUGAAGUCAGUGAGCUAAGGCUUCUGUGAAAAGUGUAGUUUGUGACUUAAUUUCACUGGAGGGGCCUUCUUCCAAAGUACACUGAUGCAGUUCUAAAGUGCAAUAACGCUGACAAAAAUACUACAGAAUAAUCUGCAGUCUAUUUAUUCUGAAUAAAUAGACAUCAUGUGAGGUACAUUAGUUAUGGUGUGUAUUGGUUAGUUACACACAGUACUGGUAUCAUGUGAGAUACAUUUUAUUCUGGGGCCCAUUGCCCUUAUCCAACCUUAAAUCUAUACAUUUAAUAAUACUGCUUCCAAACUUGACCACCACUUAAUUUUAUUAGUAAUUAAAUAUUUAAAAUACGUUUUCCCUUAGUGGAGAAACCAGAUUUGUCUCUUGUUUCUCAGAUGCUUAAGUUUUCAAAGGUACUUUCACUGUACUUUUGACUUUUUUAAAUCUUUCUUCACGCCGCCGUACAAUGAAAUCGUUCUAACAUUUCUGUGACAUUUGGUCUCAACGAAGUACAUUUUCAUCACCAUUAUAGUCUUUCAGUAGAAUUCAACCUGGUUCUUAUUAAUAUAUCAGUUAAGGUUAAUGUUGGAACUUAAGUGUUUAUAAAUUUGCUUUGUGCAUACAUGACUGAUAUUACAAAAGCAAUUGGAUAACAUGUACUGUAGGUUAUUGUCGUCUCCUCAGUGUCCCAUAGUAACAAGAGUCAACAUUUAUGCAGUCAUCCAUCACUUUAGGUUGAUGGUUACUUAAGAACUGGGGACAGAGUUAGAAUUGAGUCUAAGCUAACACAAUGGCAUACAAAAAAAUCUUCACUCACUCACACUACCUCUGAGUCUCUGUAUUCUUAACCGCCUCUUAAAAUAUUAAUUGAUCACUUUAUUCACACUACAGACUGGUUAUGCUUUUUUGUCCUUUUUUUGUAGAUCAUAUGAAAUUCAUUCAGUCUGAUGCUUUCUAGUCAGUUCAUGAGGAUAAGACAAAUGAGGAGGGCUGAAAGUAUAGAGAGGAUUAAUUGGCUUUUCAGCUGAUGGAUUGACAUCCAGCAUUUAUUAACAUGACAACAAAUUGCUGUUACUCAGGAAAUCAUCAUUCUGUCAAUUGUGACUUAUGUUUGAAUGUUAUCCCAAAAUUGUGAGCUAAGCUCGAUAACAAUUCAUGUAGCAUUCUCAUUUACUGUAUUGAGAAGAGUUAGAAGGUUUGGUUACACAGUUAUUGAAUGUUUAAAAGUGCUUAAUGGUUGAUGGUUAAGCCAGAAUCUCCUGAGCUGAGUUAAAAGGUUUAAUAUAAAAGAUAAAACUUGAAGUAAAUGCCUUGCAGUGUGGGCAGUGUGGGCCCUUUUUUUCCAAUAGCUGGUUAAACCGACACCGACCAGCUUGACUCUGAACAUUGAUGAGCGAGCUGGUUGUAGAUCAGCGUAAAUUAAACCUAUUGUGUGUUUUGUGCCUGCUCAACAAUGCACUGCUCUUGUAUUUGCUAGAUGAAUAUUUCUUUUUACAUUUCAGUGACGAAUAUUGACUUUUCAUUGAGAUGUGACGACAAAUAAAAUGUGAGGCUUUUGUAGCUCACACCAAUAUUAAACACCUUUUAUACCCCGCUGGUUUGUCUUUUAUUCCCAGUAUAUUUUAACAUUUUUUACUAUUAGCCCAGUUUCUCUUGUGAGAUAUAAUUUCUAAAAAUGUCAGAAUUCUAUUGUAAUGUUUUUUAUAAUAAUUUUAUUCCACCAUGAGUGUUUGUCCAUGCGUUGUGCUGUCAAAUAAGACAUUCUACAAUGUUAUGCAGAAAAGUAUUUAGCUUAAGAUCUAAGUAAUUCUUGUAUUACACCGAAAAUUAACCUGGUUAAUAUAUAUAAAGAUCAAAUAAAUAAAAAAUGUGAUGUGCAUUUUCAUUAUUGCAUCGGAAAUAUUGGAAGGAUAUUUCAUAUUAUACUCAGAGGUUGAGCAACCAAUUGUUGUUUUGUUUUAUAAGUAUUGACAUGAAAACAGCACCUAUAGUGAACAAAAAUAGUAAUGAUAAACUACUAUCAGUCUGUUGUGAAUCCAAAAUAAUUUCAUCAGUUUUUCUCACACCGCCCAGCCAAUGUUUUUCAUACUGCACCAAUGAACUUUAUAGAAGGAAGACCACAUUUUCGAACAAUGUAAAUGCAUAUAAUGAUACUUAAAACGUUUGCUCACCACACAGUACAGAA